UUGUAGCUCACUGUCUGCCUUGCUGUGGUUACAUGGAGGUGUCUGUUUUGUAGAAUAAAUCCUCCGCAGAUGAGUUAUUGAUCCGGAAAAGCCGAAUCUGUGAAUAUCUUUCUAACUUUACUGAAGUCUGCGACGAUGCUGACUUUCAGCCUUCAGUGUUCCAACUCUGACCAUCCUACGUCUCCAUAGAAUGAUGUUCAGCUCCAGAGAAGUUUACUCCUGCCUUUAAGAAUGAUUUUAAGAGGAAAAGCUUGGACAGCAACAUCUAUACUGCUGAUGCUUCUAAUGAGAGGCUUCAGAGUCCAUAGCAUCUCUUGUCAGCCAACAGAGUACAAGAUAGGAAAUGAAUGCUGUCCAAUGUGCCCUGCAGGCAAUCGGGUAGAAACAGACUGCACAGGGUCCAGAACUAGAUCCUGUCUGCUCUGCACAGCUGGGACGUAUAUGGAUUCACCAAAUGGAUUGAAGAGAUGCAAUCCCUGUUCUACAUGUGAUUCAGGAGUUGGUCUGAAGGAAAAGCGAGGAUGUACAUUAUCUACAGACACAGUUUGUGAACCAAUGGAGGGAUUCUUCUGUAGAGACCCUAAACCAGGAGGCUGUGGUGUAGCACAGAAACACAGGAGCUGUGAACCUGGACAGUUCAUCAGCAAGAUGGGAACAGCCUCCACAGACACAGACUGCUCUGACUGCAUCAGUGGAACGUUCUCUGAUGGAACAAUGUUGUCCUGUCAGCCACACACACAAUGUGAGAAAGAAAACCUUCAGCUGAUAAAAGCAGGAACAACUUCAGCUGAUGCUGAAUGUGGAGAAAAAAGCUCAAAUAUCACAGGAAUUGUGAUUGGUGUUCUGGUGGUUUUUUUAGUUGCAGCAGCGAUUGUUUUUGUUCUCUGGAAAUGUCAUAUAAUUACAAUACCAGGCACAAAACAACCAAAGUCCCAGAGGGAGGGAGCAGAUGGAGCAGAAAGUGGUGUUGCUUUAACCUUACCAGUGGAAGAAAAUCAGCACUAAACACAUGGUUGGAAAUCUGCUCACUGUAGAUUGAUUGUGCUUCAGGAUCUGGGUCCAACCAAGCUGAAUGCUGAGAUGUUGUUUUCAGUGAUCAGAAAAAAGCUACAACUUUUCUUUCCAGCAGAGCAGUGACGAUCGUCCUUCACUUAUCACACUGCUCGUUCACAACUUUUAUGAAAAAGGCUGACUAAUGUCACAGUAUCAGAUCUGUGUAUAAUCAGUAUGUUUUAACUGGCUCAAUCACACACAGGUCUUAUAUGAAAAUCAGAUUCAAAUUAAAGAGUGCAUGAAAACCGUGUUAUCUUUGUGACUAUAACCCAGAAUGACUAGAGGAGAAAAUGUAGAAAUCAGUAACUUUAUAUGUAAUGAAACUCAGUUUGAACUUAAACCUGAGGGAUCAGAAUCUCAUUGGUGGCUGUAGAAUCAGUGGCUGAAGCCUUUCUCCACUCAUCUUCUAUUAAUUUUAGAAUAUUACUGAUAUUUUUAGGUUCUCUGAAAUUUACAGGACUUUAUCUGCUUUUUGGGCUAUUUCUAAACCAGCACCUGAUAUAUUUUAGACUGUUUUUGUUUAUUGUAUGUUCUUUUUACAAAUAAAAGGCACAUUUUUAUAACUUGG